UCAUCGCCAAAACCGUUUCCUGUCCCUCGUGUCAUCAUAACAUGGUCGCCUUUGAACUGAGUAUUCUGGCAAUGACACCAACCCAGCAGAUUUAAAACUGUGAAUCGAGGAAUUAUUUGCCUGAACCAUGCCUCGCUACGAGCUCGCGGUGAUCCUGAAGGCGAUGCAGCGGCCCGGGACAUCGGCUGCUCUCCGGCGGACAGUGGAGACUCUGAUGGAGCGGGGCGCCGUGGUCAGGGACCUUGAGAACCUGGGGGAAAGACUCUUGCCCUACAAGAUCAACAAACACAACCAGAACCACCUCCGAGGGUCUUACUUUUUGAUCGAUUUCUACUCAGCCCCUAACAUCCUCACUAGUUUACUGGAUCACCUGCACCGUGACGUGGACGUGGUGAGGCCCACUGUGCUGAAGAAGGACGGCGAGGUUUCCAGCAGUAACUGCUGUGGGUCUUAGCUGUGAUUAAAUGUUUCAGGAAGAUGUACAGUGUGAUCCUCCCCUCUGAUGUUUUCCUUGGGUGUUGACCUACACAUUAUGUUAUGUCAUAAUAAACCUCUUUUUGCUAUCUUAA